AACGAGUCGCUCGCUUGACGAGGCUUUUCCAAGCGAAAAAAUAUACCCCGAAAGGAAAAUAUCCUCCCACGUGGGGAUCGGUUUAAUUACAAGUUACGUUGUUUAAAUAUGUGUUUGUUGGAUUAAUUUUUGUUUAAAAACAAUGGUGCAGGCAAUAGAUGAGAUGGAGCAGCGGGACCUGCCACAGGCGUUUCGCCUGCUGGGCGAAAUGAAUGCCAACGUUGUACAAGUCAAUCAGUUGGUUGAUAAUAUGCUUGUACGAGUAAAGAGUGGAGAGAUCUCAACAGACAAGGGUCUGAGUUUCCUAGAAAUGAAAUAUCACAUGCUGCUAUCCUAUCUCAUCAAUCUAACAUACAUCGUCCUGCGGAAGUGUUCUGGAGAGAGGAUCGAAGGGGACCCAUCAAUAGAUCGCUUGAUAGAAAUUAGAACAGUACUAGAAAAAAUUAGGCCCAUCGAUCACAAGCUCAAGUAUCAAAUAGACAAACUUGUCAAAACUGCAGUAACAGGAACAGCAAACAGUGACGACCCCAUUAAUUUUAAGCCUAAUCCUGAUGCAUUAGUAGGAAAAUUGGAUGGAUCAGAUGAAGAAUCAGAAAGUGAUCAAGAGGUAGACGAAGAAGGUGCCAAAUCACGUAAAUCUGGAGUCUAUGUACCACCUAAGCUCGCUGCAGUCCACUAUGAUGGUGAUGAAACAAUGGCUGACAAAAUGCGUAAGGCUGGAGAAAGAGCACGUAGGCGUGCCAUAUCUGGAGCUGUACUGCGAGAACUCAGAGAAGAAUAUCUAGAUGCUCCUAUAGAAGACACAAUCGAGUUGGGAGAGAAACAAUCGAGUUUUGGACGUGAAAAUAAAAGGAAAAUUGAGUACGAAGAAAAUUAUAUGACAAGACUUCCAGUCACUAAAGAAGAAAAGCAUCGUCAGCGUCAAAUGACUACUCUUGGAACACUUGGAACAGAAGUUACUAAUUUUGGUGGUUCCUCUUCAGCUAAAAAAAGAAAAGCUCCAAAAGGAAAAUCUAAAAAGAGUUUUAAGAAGAAGCGACGUCACUAAAAAGUGAUUCAUUUCAAUCGUCCCAAAAACUGAGAAUAUCAGUACUGACUAUAAAGGUAAUUCUCUGAAAACUUACUUCGUCACUUCCUCUUGGUAAACGAAAUGCCAGUAAUACUCUCGUUGCUAAGUUAUACUAAUGAAUUGAUAAAAAGUCUACCAAUAAGGGAAUACUGUCGAUACAAGAGAAAUAAGACAUGACAGAGGUAUUAUUGCGUAAGGCAUCGUAAUGGUCGUAAUUAUAAUUGAUAAUUAUAGUUACUCAUGGUUUUAAUCUCCAACUGUUAUCAGAAACCAAUUUUUAAAUUAUAACAUUUAACUUGCCUACUUUACAUGGGCAAGGAUUUUACUGAUUCUCAUUCAUUUAAAAAAGAAGUGAGGGAUCAGUGUUGACAGAUAGUACCAUUUGGUCAGUUUUGAGUUUGUUGUUUGAAAUUAUGAAAUCAUCAUGAAAUUGUUUCCCUAAUACAAAUUAUUAUUAUUAUUAUUAUUAUUAUUAUUAUUAUUAUUUUAUAUCUUAGUAGUAGGUAGUAAAUGUACCUCUUUAUUAAUAUUAUAUAUCAUGUUUAAUGUUUAAUAUUAUUUUUUAUUAAACUCAAAUUUUUAUAUAUUUUCAUUUUUCGUACGUAAAUUAUCUAUUACUUAAAAAAUUUUAAUUGAUAUGUCAAAAGCGUCUGACAACACUGAUACACAUAUGGACGAAUUUACUUCGUAUAAGAAGAAAAAAAUAUAAUAAGCGAUGGUGGCUUCUGAGGAAAAGAAGAAUGUUACAAGCCAAAAAAAAAUACAUCAGCCAUAAGAAUAAAGCUAGAUUGAGAUUCGAAGUUUUUGAAAGCAAAAUAAAAAAGAAACAGUGUUAUCAGAGUGACAACACUGAAUUAAUUGUUACAGAGCGUAAAAAUCACAAGACAUUCAGAAGCAAAAUCAUUUAGGCUGUCGUCAAAAGUACCAAACUUCACUUACCUUUGGAACUUCAAAAAUUUCAGGUCUAUUAAGAAUUAACGGUUAAUUAUUCACAAUCGCAUGUCUUAGGAUUUUCUCGCUGUUCUAGGGUAGUAAUAGUAGGUACUAGAUAAGGUAUUAUGUGUAUGUUUUGUUCGUGUUUCCCCUGGUAAAAAUGUUGAGGCUAUUAAAAAAACUUUCACUGUGCUUUGGUUCAGAGAACUGCAUUAAGUUUCUUUUGUUUUUGCGUACUUGUGCGUUGUUUCUUUUACUUUUACUUAAAUGUAAAAGAAGCUUAUAUUCAAGAUAUAAUCUCUAGCAUUAACGUGGAUGUGUCAAAAUUCAAAAUUGAUGUUAACAUUUUCUCAAGCAUUUAUUUCACUUACUGUAUUUUGUUUCUUAUAAGAGAGAGAAAGCACGUAACGUCAAAGAAUAAAAAAAAGGAGGUAAAGUGAGAUAAAAAUUACUCCAGCAAGUCAAAAAUUGCGUCAAAAUUCGUUAUCCUUUAGGCGGAGUGUUUGGUUCAAAAAAAUUUCAGAUUACAGAAACAAGGAUAAGCUCAGAGCUUUACAGGAGUUGCAAUGCUGGGGAUCAUAAUCAACAAAUUUGGCAGAGUAGAUUUUGCUAUCUAGCAUUGUGAUUUGUAUACAUUUUUCGACAAACCUUUCGGCAAAGAAAAAACCUAAUUAUUUUAGUGGAGUAAUUCGCCAUACCUUCCAAUAGAAAUUUAAGCGCUUACGCCAAUUUUGCAGGCUCGAUCAUUCAUAGUACUAUAUUUUUUACAAAGAUGUUCAUUGUUUGAGCCGAUUGGCGAAGCAUGAUGUUACGUGCAUUUCUUUCUGUCCAAUCUGUGACAAAGAUUAAAAUGUGAUAAAUUAUUCUUGAAAUAAUAGUUAAAAGAAUGAAGAAAGGAUGAUACUAACAAAAUAGCACAAUUGCUGGGCAUUAUUUACAAGUGCUAGCAAGCCUAAUGUCGUCAGCAGCCUCGUAGUUCCGAUAAUGAAGACGAAAUGAUAAAUGUCAAAAGCAAUUUGACAACUGUUGAAAGCAAAUACUUUUUUUACCUUGAAUGUAAUAGAAUACCGUCAAUUUAUAGAUAUACAUACAAUAUAUAUAUAUAUGAAAUAAGCUAAUUUUAAAGUUGACAGAUGAAAAUAGUGGUUUUUUAAUGAAUCAAAUGUUGUUUGACAUUUAAUGACAUUUCUCUUCAAAUUUGGACGAUAAAAAUUGAGAAUUUAACUAUACCCCUCCAAAAGAGACCACUAUGAGUCCAAAUCAACUUUUCUAGGGACAGGGUUUUGAAUUUAAAACAUAAAUGAGAUGUCUGAGGAGGAAGGUGCUUAUUUUCAACGUGGAAUAUAGAUCCAAUGUUGAGCACGUUUCAAUAAGUUCUGUUAAUUUUCAAUUGUUUGUAUAUUAAAUAAAAAUGUCAAUGAAUUUUUGACUUUUUGGACUUGUAGCAAAGAGUACAAGCGUGAUGAAUUAUACUCAUGCAAACACACAUAUCCGCACAGUUACUAACUUAUGUCCAAAUCUAAAGUAAACUAAUUUUAAGCAUUGGUUACUUGGCUACAAAUAAUCUCAUUAUAGGCUUUCUUAAGAACAGACAAACAAAAAAUAGUUUCUCUUUGGAAUUUAGACAUAUGAUAGCAAACAUCAACAUACAUAAUAGGAUUACAUUGUUACUACCUCAACACAACAAUAUAUGAAAUUAUUGUAACUGGAAUAUAAAAGCUCUGUUCGUUUUUGUAUAGCAGCGGAAUGAGUUGACAUUAAACAGUAUAUAGAUAAUUAGUUGUAAUACACAAGCAAACACAGUACAGUACUUGAAUGUGGAAAGAAAGUUCCACUUUGUUAUACCGGAUGCCUUGAGUCUUUCAGCAUUAAAGGUCGUAGAUGAUACGUUCAAGCUUGUCAUAAAUGGUGAAAACUCCAAAACGAACAGAGUUGGCUUUUAUUACUUGAAGUUCUAAACAAUUUCACGCUGCCGUCGGCUGAGACGUCUUUGCAGCAAAGACAAAAUAAAAAUCAUUUAUUGACUGCGUAUCAGUGAAUUAUUGAAUGAUUUGUAAAAAAAAAAAAGAUCUGCUGCUGUAAAAAACGGUGCGUAUAAAAGAAUUUCUUAACAUUGAGAAUGUUUUUAUUAUGAUAAUUAUUACAAUUAGUACAGAUGAUAUAACAAUUAUCAUUACUAUUAUUAUCAUCUUUAUUAUUGCAAAUAUUAUUAUUAUUAUUAUGAUUGUAAUUAAUUACAUUGUCAUCAUCAUGGUCAUCAUCAUUAUUAUGUAGAAGGCUUCUUACUGACUGAAUAAAAUGUUUUAAUGUCA